AUGGCACGUGUGUCCAGACUGCGUCGGGACUUCCGCCGGUUGCGUGGGCACGUUGAAGUGCAGCUUCUUGCGGUGUGUCUACGAUGCUGGUCCCAGAACGGCCCAUCUUUCCACGACAUCGUCUCGCAGUCUGCGUGGUUCUGCCGUGCUACGCUGGCCGAUGCGUGGUACAAACAGACCCUAGACACGCAGUGUAAACGCCUACGCCGGGCCUGCCGGGAGGACCGGGCGGCCUACAUCAGCAGCCUGGCUGAUAAGCUGGCGUCUUGCCCCCAUGCAGAUGUCUUUCAACAGGUCCACCGUAUACUGAAUCACCAGCGGAAAAAGCCAUACCAGGCAGACCCACUGCCUGUUAUCCGACAAGCUGAUGGGCAGGUUUGUGAGGAUGCCGAGGCUGCGCGCGGAAGGUGGCGUCAGCACUUCGGAGGCCUGGAGGCGGGGCGCGAAGUCUCGGUACAUGACAUAGCCGCCGAGGCUAUGCAGGAGCCUCCCAUGCGGUGGCCCAGCCCUUGUAACCUCAAUGACAUACCGGCAAAGACGCUGUUGCACCGCGUGCUAGCCGCUGGUAAGAGUCAUAAGGCAGCCGGACCAGACGGCAUACCAGCCGAACUUGGGAAGAGUUUUCCGUCCGAGGUGGCCGAUAUCUUAUACCCCCUCCUGCUCAAAUACGUCUUUCGUGGAGCAGAAGCAGUAGGGCAUAAGGCGGGGGUUGCCGUCUUCUUUUGGAAGGGCCGCGGCUCGCAACAGGAGUGCAGCUCGUAUCCAGCUAUUUUGCUGCUCAAUGCUUGGGCUAAAGCGCUACACCAAGCCCUACGCCCAAGAGCGCUCGAGCUUUACCACUCCUCCGCCCCCCCGCUCCAAUUGGGGAGUCGCCCAGGGGGCAACGUAGUGUUUGGGUCCCAUAUAGUCCGUGCCUUCCAACGAUGGGCCUCCAAUAGUAAAAAGAGUAGUUUUGUGCUGUUCGCGGAUAUCACCGCGGCCUACUACUCCACUGUCCGUGAGCUCAUUGCCGCCGCCCCCGGCAACAGUGGAGGAGCGCCCCCUGAUAAGGCCCUUGCGAACCUUGAGCUGUCACCCGAUGACUUGAUGAGGUUAAAGGAACACGCCGCUGCCUUGACGGCCUUCCGGCGAGCCGGGGCGGACACCUGGACAGAGGCCGUGUCACAUUGUAUUACGCGUGGAACGUUCUUCCUCAUCCGGGGCGACCAUGUGGCUGUCGCUACUGACAGGGGAACCCGCCCGGGCUCCAGCUGGGCGGACAUCUUGUUUGCCACGGUUAUGCAAAGGGUCUUAGAUAGGCUUUGCGAAUGCCCCAGUUCGGCCGAUACAGCAAUCGCCCUGGAGACGGGGUGCUUAGUCGACGCUUUUCGUGAGCAUGGAUUCUCCCUGACUUUUGGGGAGCGAAAGACAGCGAUCUUGGCCACCCCGGGUCGCGCCGGCUCAAACAGCCUGCGAGCUGAAAUUGCCUACCGUGCUGGACAGGCGUAUGCGGCUUUCGCCGAAGGAUUAGGCAGGGAGUCGGAGCAGGACGUGUCCUUUCAUACCUGCUUGGCCCUUGUCGGCCUCCCCAGUCCUGCCAAUAUUCUGCGCCGACACCGUCUCCUCUAUCUCGCACAGGCCAUGCGGUGCGCACCAGACGCGCUGUGGGCCUUGAUCCGUGCCGACCGUCCAUACGCCGAUGCGCUCACCGAGGCGUUCCGGUGGCUCUACUCCCAUGUUGGAGAGCAGGCUGGGCUACCGGAACCGUCACAAGGCUGGAAUACCUGGGCAGAGAUUAUGUGUCAACGCCCUGGGCGCUUCAAAGGCCUUGUCAAAAGGGCGAUUGCGCUAGAACAAGCGCGUCACACCAUGGUUGCUGCAUUGGACGGCCUGCAUCGUGGUAUGUCUGGCGGGGCAGGCUGUGUACAGGAUGCGGACGCAUUUAUGCGUCUGAGGGGGACAUUCAGUGAAGCGCACUCCCAGUGCCCUAGCGAGGAGUUCUGCACCCCCUUGUUGGAGGCGCUGUUAGCCUUUACUGAUCCAGAGUCGGAUUUGUGGGAGUGUGUUUCUGACCAUGUGGCCCCUCUGGCCACUAUCCGGCGUACUGUCGAUGAGUGGCCGAGACAGGAGACGGCGCAGACCUGGGCUAGGAACAGCGCGGAUGAUCUGCUUUUGCUCCUUGACCCUGCUGUGUUCUGCGAAAGUAUUCAGCCACCCCCGCCCAAGCGUGAUUGUCCCGCUGACACCUUACCCUCCUGGCCCCAAGUGCCACCUAGGGCCUUUGUGUCUACAGGGGAGCCGGCAUACUUCCAGCUACCUCCGCCUCCUCCUACCCGGCUCUCCCUUACCCAACCCGGGGGUAUCACCGUUUCCGACGCCGCGGCCUACGCCUGCUGGAUUCAAGGCGCGUGUCGGGUGAUUGCGGAGGCCAUUGCGAUUUCCGCCCAACAGCCUUUCGUCAUUUCCUGUCCGGGCGAUGCCUUACCGGCCCUGGCUGCGUUGCUGAAAGCCUUGCUGCAGCCACAAGGAUCGGCGACACACGCCUUGCUGGCGUGUAUGCGGCGCAAGGAGACCACCAUCGCAGCUUGGCAAACUGAGGUAUUGGCAGAUCCAAGCCGCAUCAACGACCUUGGCUGGACUGAUGCGCAUCACGUAGCAUAUGGGUGGCCUAUCCAAGCAGCGAGUGGGAAGACUUUCUCGGUACCUCCUGAAAGGCACCAUAUGUCGUCAUUCUUCAAGCAAGUUACAGACGAGUUCCUUUGUUUGCGAAAUGAUUUUGGGCAGACGGCACUGCAUUUAGCAGUGCGACAAGAACACGACGAGCUUGUCUCUUUCUUUGUCUUGACGAGAAAAAUACCAUGCCUGGAUGUGGGGAAUGGGGACGGAGAUACACCGCUGCACUAUGCAGCCGCCUGGGGACGCAGGGAGAGCGCACGUUUGCUGAUUCAAGGGGGCGCAGAUCCGUUCAUCCUAAACAAACAAGGCAAAACUCCCAUGGAUGAUGCGCUCUCAUUUGGCCAUCCAGAAAUUUGGUCCAUCAUGUCCCAGGAAAAGAUGCCUCAGCAUGCAAAAUCGCUGGAGUUAUGA